UUUCUGCUGGGCCUGUCAAGUCUGUAAGUAGUGGCGUCAGCUCUUCAUUUGGCUGCUGCAAUACUGACGCGAUCAGAAUAUUGGCCAGCGGCGCGGCCACCGAUACAAGCACAGUAGCAUAUCGACGCAGCACCAAAUCUUCCAAGAACCGCCACCCCGACCGCCCCCCGUCCUGCCAGCGUCUCUGCCGAUCCCAACCAUUAAAGAAGUAUGGAAAAGCAUGCACAAAGAUCAGAGGACGAGGCUGUUCUGGUGCCUCUGCCACUUGGUAGUUGCUACGUACAUCUUCUUCAAAUCAGAGGGAUCACUUGCGGCCACAGCCUUGUCCCAUCUGGUCUUCUUUGACGCUGGCAGCGCAAUGGUCUGUGUUGUGGUCGAGGUUCUCGGGAACUUCGAGGUCUGGAGACGCAGCAGCGUUCGCCAUCCCUUUGGUCUGGCGCGAGCCGAGGUUUUGACGGGAUUCGCCAUGUCCGUUUUCCUGCUCUUUGGCGGGUUCGACCUGAUAUCGCACAACUUGAAACACUUUCUGGAGGAGCUUGGGGACCAUGAGCCGCAUCAUUCUCAUCCCCACGAGCGCGUCUCGGCUGGGACCGUGGACUUUGUGGCUGUUGCCGCCAUUGCCUCGAGCAUUGUGUCGGCCUACGGUCUGAAGAACCACGCUCGGAUCGCAAAGGUCAUGCGCGUCUCCUACCUGGCGUCUUUGCCUAGUGUCCUCUCGAACCCUUUCCACUUCCUGACCAUCUGUGUCUCUCUCCUCAUUGCAGUGCUGCCGCUUCUCUCCAUCACGCUUUACACGUGGCUCGACCGACUGAUUUGUGCUACCAUUUCCGUGGCAAUGUUCGGGCUUGGCGCGCGAUUAGCCGUCGCACAGGGACUCAUGCUGUUGAUGUCGUAUGGGGGCCAUGGCGGCAAUGCAGGAGUGUCGUCAGUCCAACGAGAAAUCGAGUCGGACUCGAGUGUUACUCGGAUUGAGGAUGCCCAGUUCUGGCAAGUUCACUACAGUCUAUGCAUGGCCAAUUUGAAGCUUGGCGUGGUCAAGGGCUAUGAUGAGGCGUCGCUGGGGAAGCUUCGGAGUCGUAUUUCUUCACUCAUCCAGAACCGCCUCGGCGAAGGCUAUGGCACUGGAGGGAAUAUGCGAUGGGAGGUGACCCUCGAGAUGACCACGGAUACAGCAUCUUGAAAACCUCAGUAUUGUAUUCUUAGUGAAGCAUAGCCUUGAAAGCAAU